GAAGCUGGUUGUAGGGCCUUUUUCGCUGUCAUGUCUGGCCGUGGCAAGCAAGGAGGCAAGGCCCGUGCCAAGGCCAAGUCGCGCUCGUCCCGCGCUGGUCUCCAGUUCCCAGUGGGCCGGGUGCACCGCUUGUUGCGCAAAGGCAACUACGCCGAGCGGGUGGGGGCCGGCGCGCCCGUGUACAUGGCGGCUGUGCUCGAGUACCUGACCGCGGAGAUCCUGGAGCUGGCGGGUAACGCGGCCCGGGACAACAAGAAGACGCGCAUCAUCCCUCGCCACCUCCAGUUGGCCAUCCGCAACGACGAGGAGCUGAACAAGUUGCUGGGCAAAGUGACCAUCGCCCAGGGCGGCGUCUUGCCUAACAUUCAAGCCGUGCUGCUCCCUAAGAAGACGGAGAGUCACCACAAGGCAAAGGGCAAGUGAGGCUGACGUCUUAGAGGCUCAUCCCAGGCCGCGUCUCGAGGGGACACCUGUGAAAUCAAAGGCUCUUUUCAGAGCCACCCACUUUUUCACAUUAAAAGAG